AUGAAUUCCCUGUCCAAGCGUAUUAGAAAGAUUAAGAAAACCCCUAAGGUGACCUAAUAUGAAGAUUCCAAUGAUCCUCAAUAAUUCACUGCUUGCAUCGCAAACCUCAAUUAAAUUGUGGCUGAAGAUCAAUGUUUCUCUAGUUUCACUAUUUUCUAGUCAAAUAAAUUAUAACUAAGGAGUUAUUGGUUAGAUUGAUAGAAUAUUUAAGACACAACAAUCCAUAAGUUGUUAUCAAUGCUCUCAAUGCAAUCUAAAAUGUAUUACGUAUUAGUGAUAAUUUUGGUUCUGAAGUUAGAGAUCAAUUUAAAGACUUAGGUUUAUUGGGCAUUUUAUUAUUAUUUCCUAUUUAAGAAAAUACUUUAUCAAGUUACUUAAAUUUGGCAAUAGAAAUAUUUGAAACUUGGAAUAUAACAUUAUUAAUGCCAUUUUAUUAAAGAAUAUUACCAAUAUUAGAUAAUUGUCUAUAAAAAGUUUAUAAUGAAGAUAUCAUAUCAGAAACAUUAAAUUUAUUAUAAGUACUUACAGAAAUACCUUAAUUUAAUUUAAAGAAAAUAAAUGUUGAUUAAAUUUUCUAAAAUGAUAUUAUUAAAUAAUUACAUUUUGCUAAUCAAAUGAAAUUAAAAGCUUUGACACUUUAAAUAUACUUAAACAUAGAUAGAUUAGAUAAUGAAAUGUUUUAAUUAAUAAAUGAAGUCAUAAGAAUCAAUAUUUUCUAAGAAUUGGAUAAUAUUGAAUCAUUUCUUUAAAAAUAAGUGACAAUGGAGGAAGAAUCUGAAUUUAAAUAAGAUGAAAGAUUACUUAGUACACUAUAAAUUUGGAAAUGCUCAGCUUAAUCUAUUAUUUAAGUAUUAGUUUAUUUAAAUCGAAUUUAUGAAGAAGAUAAUGAUGAUCAAUAUGUUAAUAAUAAGAGAUUUUAAUAGUUUUUCUAAAAGAAUAUUAUAAUUGAAUUGGAAGAAUUAGUAUUAAAGAAUUUCUUCAAUUAUUCUGGAGUCAUUCAAAAAAAAUUAUUUACUGAUCAAACUACUUUCACUGAUGAAAUAUUGAGUCUAACUCUUUUAAUUUUUAAGUAAUUGUAAAUUUAAUAAAUUUUAGUUUAGGAAAUAAUUUAUUAGCCAAUCUCUAACCUUUAGUAUGUUUAUAAACAAUAGAACCUAUUCUACCAUAGAUUUAAGCUAUUCUACAAGUAGAUAUAAUUUCAGAUGAGGAUAAAAAAGAACUUGCUUAAUCUGAAUUAAUAUUUUUGAUAAAGUUAUUAAAAGUGAAUCCACAACUUGUUUUAUAAAUUCCACCAUAAUUUAUUGUAAAUUUAUGUGAAUUAACUGAAAAAACUGAUAUAUUAUUUCACAUCAUAGAAGUUAUGAAAAUUAGGUAUUCUAGCAAAGUAAAAAAUGAUAUUGAAACUAUACGUCAAGUAACAUAAAAAUUACUAAAAUUAAUGAAUUAAUCAAAUAUUAUGUUGGCUGCUUAAGCUUUGGAUUGUCUUUUCGAUGUUUAUACAGAAGAAGAUUUCAAUAGUCUUUUAGUGGAAAUGAAUAUUAUUGAACUUUUAUCAUAGGGAUACUAAUAUUUAUAAUCAUAAUUGCCAAAAGAAAAGAAAAGUUUAGAAAAAGAUGAUUGGAAAUUUUUAAAACUUACCGUAACCAAUUUAAAAUAGUUUAUUGAAUACAAAGUAAAAAUUAUUAAGUGA